AUGGCACCAACAGAACUUUUGGUACCAGCUGUAUUGCUGGGUUUUGCUAACCACGCUUACUUCAAGCAUCAUGAGGCGAAUAAUGCUCAUACGCCAUUAUUCUUCCUCAUUGCGCAACCUGUUGUGUUGACCUACCUCAUCUAUGGUUCCCUUUCCUUCUCCAGCGUUCUUUUGAUUACUAUAACUUUCAUUGGUACACUGUCAACCUCUAUCAUCGCUUAUCGGCUCUCUCCGUGGCAUCCACUUGCUCAUAUUCCUGGUCCUACUCUAGCCAAAGUAUCGAAGUGGUGGGGCGUCAAGCUAGCACUCAGUGGUAACCGGGCUCGAUUUCUGAAGGAGCAGCAUGAUCGCUACGGAGACGUGGUGAGAAUGGGCCCCAACGAGGUCAGCAUCGUCAAUGCCGACGCCGUGCGAAGUGUUUUGGGCACUGGUGGACUGCAGAAAGGAUCAUACUACGAACCCUUCUCUGACAUGACUUUGCCCUCAAAAAGCAUCAUCAACCUCAGGGGUGAGAUGCAUGACAAUCGACGCCGCAUUUGGAAUCGUGGCAUGUCGUCCGAGUCGUUGCGCGGCUAUGAAGACUUUCUUGCUAUCCGACUUCAACAAUUGCUGGACCGCCUCGAUGAAAUUGCGAAGUCCCCCAAGGCCGAACUCGACAUCAGUGAAUGGAUAAGCUACCUCACGUUUGAUUUUAUGGGUGAUAUGGCCUUUGGACGCGGUUUCAACAUGUUAGUUGAUGGAUGCGACAAGGAAGGGAUGUGGGGUAUCAUCCGACUUGGCGUCAAGGCCACCUCAAUUCUUGCCCACGUCAACUGGAUUGCCCCAACUUUCAACAUGAUACCGGGCUUAAACGAAGUCACUGACCGACUGCGACGCUUUGGCGGCCAGAAUGCUGGUCAUAGGAUUCGGAGCGGGCCCAAGGAGACCCGUGACUUGUGGUACCAUUUGAUGGACGAAGACGACCACGAGAAGGUUAAACCCACAUUACCAGAAGUACUCGUUGAUGGCGUGUUCACCGUCGUUGCCGGAUCUGACGCACUGAGUGUCGCUCUCAACGCCUUCAUGUGGUGCAUGCUGAGUCAUCCAGACAUUUAUGCGCGGGUGCAAGCCGAGGUCGAUAGUGUUUACCCUGACCCACAAACUCUCUUCGACUCAGAGAAACACGGAGAACUUAAGCUCCUCACAGCUUGCUUCCACGAGUCUCUCCGGCUCUACCCUCCUGUUCCCAGCGGUGGUUCCCGCCAAGUCCCAAUAGGCGAAUCGCGAUUCAUCGCUGGCCAAGUUAUCCCGGAACACACCCAGAUAUUCCUCCCGGCAUACGUUAUCCAACGGUCACCCAAACAUUACUUUCCUGCACCGGAUACUUUCGACCCUGAGCGUUGGCUUCGCGCCUCGUCGGAAACGGGGUCAGAUGGCUCCAAGGAAAUCCUCAACCACAACACCUUCCUCGCAUUCUCGUAUGGCGCCGCUAACUGUGCUGCCAAACACCUUGCUUGGCGCGAAAUCAUCAUGGUUGCGUGUGUGUUGUUCAGACACUUCAAGUUCGAGUUCGCGAAGAGCGGUACACCAUUGCAAACCACCAGAUGGAACGAGUCUAUGGGCGAUUACUACUUGACAGAGUCAGAAAAGCUUCUUGUACACAUAACUAAGCGGGAAUGA